ACAUACAAGUGAACAUUCGGAUCGUGUAUCGUGUGUGUACACUACCUCAGGACCACACUACCUCUGGACCAGAGUGUUAUAGAAGACGGGUGCGGCAUGCAAAGUUUCCUGUAUAAUGACGUUUUACAAGAAUGAAGAUCAGUGGGUGGAAAUCAAACCAUUUAUCCACCAGGUGGGGGGACAUACAUGUUUGUUUGAAAUAACACAAGAAACAAUAUGUAAACCAUACCAGGAGAAAGAGUUCCAGUUUUAUCAAAAUCUACCAGAAGAUAUGAAGGAAUUCACGCCCCAUUACAAAGGUUUGGUCUGUGUCAAGUGUAGUCAUGACAACGAUAGUACCACGUUCUAUGCUGAAGUACCCGGAUAUAUCCUUCGGAAGACGGAUUAUCAAAGUGAUUUUGGAACAAGUGAUGAGGUGAAAUCAGGACUGGACAACUGGAGUGUUUCCUGUAUUGACAGACAGAUACAGCGGUAUGGUUUCUGGUCUAAUGACGGUGAACAGAAGUUUAUUAUGCUGGGUAAUUUGGUCAGCUCAUUUAGAAUGCCUUGUAUACUGGAUAUUAAGAUGGGGACCCGCCAACACGGAGAAGAUUCUUCAGAGGAGAAGAAAAAGUUACUGGAGGAACGGUGUGCACACUCCACCUCGGCUACCCUCGGAAUCCGUAUUUGUGGCAUGCAAGUAUUCCAGGCAGAAACUAAUACCUACCUAAAGUUUAAUAAAUAUCAUGGACGGGCCCUAGACGAUGAUGGUCUUCGUCAAGCACUGCGGCAGUUUUUCAGCAACAGCCUCACUCUGAACAUUCGUGAACUUUCCCGAAUGGUAUCGAAACUGCGCAGACUCCAUCACGUGUUAUCUACGCAACAUACAUUUUACUUUUUCUCAUCUUCUCUGCUGCUGUUUUAUGAUGGUUACAUGGACGCUUGCCAGUAUUCCGACCAAUCAGAAGCCAAGGGUUCCGAACAAACUCGUGGCCAAUCUGGAGAAGGUUUUCAUGGAAGUGGUCCAUCACACAAUCUUCCUGAAAGCUUGAUAGUUGAAAAUGAAGACAAGCUCAACCAGACUUGUUGUGAUGACGACAUCGGUACGGCAGAUGUCCGCAUGAUUGAUUUCGGUCACACGGUACUGAAGUCUGAUGUUAAAGAACACCAAGGAGGCACGGAGGAAGGUAUUCUGUUUGGUUUAGAAAACCUUAUAGAAAUUUUACAGUCCAUCGCUGACAGUUAA